GCAAACUCAUUCUUCAAAACUCACUCACUUACCUCCAUUGACUACAUCUCCAUUGAUAUCUCUGUGUAUCUCACAACAAUAUUCUGACAGUCUCUCCAUCGUCCACCUGGCUUCAAGGACCUGUCACUGCCCCUUUCCCCGCCACCGAAUCCAUCCAUCGUCAAGCUCUCAUCGAUUCGAACACCUUUCGCCAACAACCCCAUUCAACCCGCGGAUCGCGAAGGCGCCUGAUCAGUCGAUCUCAAGCUCUGCAGCUGUACCCUCUGCCAUUAUUGAGCUCUCCCAAGGGUCUCAUGUGGAAGAAACGAAGACUUGGUCUACCCUCCGCCCACUCCUCGUCUACCCGCAGAGCCUUACCGAUUGCUGCAACUCUCUCCUCCGACGAUCGAAGCGUGUUCGUUCCCUCGAAGACAACUCAGACAAGUCUGCCCCGUUAGAUGGCAGAUGGUGGGUUCCGGUUCCAUCAGCCUGGAGCCGGGCAGUUUUUCCCUGCGCAACACACAGCACAUCGUAAUCAGAAUCGAGCCUCGUCGCCUUCCGGACGGCGACCUUUCGCCAACGAUACGCCUUCUCCGUCACGAUCGCCAGUCAAUCCUGCCCUCGCCCACAGUUUCAACAUGUUCUCACAGAAUGGGUACCAAACUCAACAUGGGCUGAUGAACGGUGCACAAAAUCAUCAGCGUCACCAGAACAUUCACAUUCCGAAGUACCAACCUCCUUACCACACCCACCAUAAUGUCAAUCAGCAUCACCCGCAACACCACCAUGCCGGACAAUUGGGCCAUCAACACAAUAUUUCCUCCGGAGGUUACCAGACAUCCACCCCUCAUCUCCAGACGUACGCACACAAGCACUUACAGAAUGGCAAUGGCAACGGUCUACCUCAUGAUGAUAUGGAUGAACCAGACAAUGUGCAUUGGCGCGAGCAAAAAGAGGCUUUUGAGGAGAGCAAAGAGCUCAAUCAGCCCAAUUCCCGUGCACGUUCAGUCGCUCACCAGUCGAAGGGUGUAAACUUUGUGCCCCUUGGAGCAGCUGCAGAGGAGAUGCAGACCGACAAUGCACGCAAUGCAAACACAUCAGGCGCUCUCGUUCCGAGCAAACAAACGUGGGAUGAACUCGAUCUGGGAGGUCAAGGUCUUUGUGCACUCUCUCCGGUGCUUUUCAACUCCGCCUACCAUUUCCUCAAACGACUCGAUCUUGUAUAUAAUCAGUUAGAAACCCUUCCGCCACAGAUUGGGCAGUUGAAGAACUUGGAGUACCUAGAUGUCUCCUUCAACGCACUCACCGAACUUCCGGAAGAGAUUGGAAUGUUGACAAAUUUGAGGAAACUCCUACUCUUCAGCAACCAGAUACAUACCCUUUGCUAUGAGCUGGGGUUUCUGUUCAACCUGGAGGUGCUUGGUGUCUAUGGUAAUCCGCUCGAGCCCGGCCAGCGCGAAAAGAUCAGCGAAGGUGGCACAAAGAAGCUCAUCGAGUACCUCCGGGAGAGCAUGCCAGAACCGCCCCCUCCGCGAGAAAGAGAAUGGCACCAACUCGAAGAGAUUCCCGGUCCCGGUACCGACACGAUCAAGGCCUUGAAUUACAACAUCUUGUGUGCGCGAUACGCGACUGCAUCACAGUACGGAUACGUGCCCGAGCGAGUCUUGACCUGGGCGUACCGCAAGACGCUGAUCCUGGAAGAGAUUCGUGAGAUAAAUGCCGACAUAGUGUGUCUGCAAGAACUGGACAGGACUAGCUACGAUGAGUUCUUCCGCGCCGAGCUCUCGAGGUCAGGCUACAAGGGGUACUAUGCCCAGAAGAGCCGUGCCGAAACAUUGGGAGAGAAUGCCAAGUUUGUUGAUGGCUGUGGUACCUUCUGGAAGGACAAAAAGUACAUGCAGCUGGACAGUCAACAUCUUGUACUCGGGCGAAAGGCGGUUGAACGAUCCGGCACCAGCGUGUCUGCUGAUAUGCUCAAUCGAGUUUGGCAACGAGACGACAUUGCGACGGUAGUGUUCUUGGAAAACCGAGUCACAGGUUCUCGGGUCAUUGUCGCCAACGCUCAUGUCUACUGGGAUCCUGCCUUCAAGGACGUCAAGCUCAUUCAAACCGCAGUGCUCAUGGAGGAAGUGGGCAAGCUUGCGGACAAAUAUUGCAAGAUGCCCCCUGCCACCAACAAACAAGCUUUCCGAUUCUCCGAGGUUGAGGACGAGGAGCUUCCCGAGCCUGGACCGUCACUUUCGUAUACUUCCGGCACGCAAAUACCGAUGAUCAUUUGUGGUGACUUCAACUCAGGAGCGAAUUCGGCUGUUUAUGAGCUCUUUACGCAAAAGGGAAUGAGUGCCAGGCACAACGAUCUUGCUGGCAGAGAUUAUGGCAGUCUUACCGACAUUGGACUUCAACAUCAGUUCACGUUGAAAUCUUCAUACGCCGCCAUCGAGGACGAGAUGCCGUUUACGAAUUACACGCCAAGUUUUGUCGAUGUCUUGGAUUACAUCUGGUACUCCAGCAACACUCUGAGAGUGACUGGUCUCUUGGGCGCCGUCGACCCCGAGUACCUAAAACGUGUUCCCGGAUUCCCGAAUUUCCACUUCCCAAGUGACCACAUUGCGAUUGUGGCAGAAUUCAAAGUCGAAAAGCAACGAACAGCUCAGAAAGCGGUCGAGGCUGACUUCGGGCCCUCGAGCAAACAGAAGUAGUGUAAUCUGGAUGUUCAGAAGCCGUCCGCACGGACAGUCAAGUUGCCAGGGCAGAGAUUGGAAGCAGCACGGGGAAAUGGAAGAAUUGGAUUUGACAGCCCACAAGAUUUGGACACGACCAGACGGUUACGUUAGCACUGAAUCCGAUACUAUUAUGUUGGACGGCUACGAUUCGGUCUUUCUGGCUUGCUUUUUCUGUUUUUGUCAGACCAAGAAAAACCACAUUUUCGGUUCUGUUGGUACUGCCACCGCUACUGCUUGUGGUAAAAAUUCGACAAGGCAUGGUUGGCGACUCGGGUGGGAUGGCAUCUGGCCGUUCGGCACAGUAUUUCUGUUUUGUGUGUUUGGAAACACAACUUUGGGGGGGG